AUGGAAACAGUGAGCACAAAACCGAUCAGCAACAAAUCCUCCUUUUCUAUCGCGAAUAUAUUAGAGCGUAAAACGCUGCCCACGCCACACACACCGCCCGCCGCGCACAGUAACGCACAUAACAGUGAACACUUGCCGACGGUUGCGAAAAUGAUCAGUGCAACAUCCUCAUCCAUAAGGAACACCACCACCAACAGCGUUGCACACACACUGCAGUCGCGUAUCGGUGAACCGAUUCCGCCAACAAUCGCCAAUCCAAUGGCAACAACAAUAGGUUAUUCGACGCUACCGCCGGAUGCACAAUCCGCUUUCAAGAAUCUACUACUCAAGAGUGAUCAUGGCGCUGGCGGCACACCAUUGUUGCCAUCGUCGGGCGCAUUACGCUUUGAACCCGUCUACGAUCACGCUUCGCUUAUCUAUCAGCAAAUGCUGAACAUGCAGAAGAACUCGGCUUUAUUUAUGCCGCACUUUCAAGCGGCGGCAGUGGCGGCUGCGGUAACACCGUCGGGUUAUUGCGAUCAAUACAAUCCCUUUUUGGAAUGCGAAGGAUUCCCUGGCAAUGCCGCCGCUGCUGCUCUCUACUGUAAUGCUGCCUAUCCGGGCUUUUAUAUGCCCAAUUUUGGUGUUAAACGUAAGGGCGGUCAAAUACGGUUCACAUCGCAACAAACGAAAAAUCUUGAGAAUCGCUUCGCUAGCUCAAAGUACUUGUCACCCGAAGAACGGCGGCACCUUGCGCUCCAACUCAAGCUCUCCGAUCGCCAGGUAAAGACUUGGUUUCAAAAUCGACGUGCCAAAUGGCGUCGCUCCAAUCAAACUAAACGAACAUCGCCCUCACACAUUUUGAGUCAAGCGCUGGGCGGUAGUAGUGGCAGGACUGUUGGUAGCAGUAGCAGCUCGAGCGGUGCUAUGCCGCACUGUAGUAGCACUGGCAGUGAUUGCGUUCAAAUCGAUAGCAGUCGUGAUUUGCUUUCAGAGGAAGAAGACGAUGACGAUAUCGAUGACGUUGAAGACAGCGAUGAAGAAAAGGACAAGAUAACGAGGAGUGAAUAGCAAUAAUAUGUUGGGUGGAUAAA